GGAUGGGAAGUCGCUGUAGCUAACCCUGCAGCCAUCAAGAAAAUCAUGCUAAAGAUUGAUGCAUUUCCAAAGGCCGAUGUCAUACGUACAACAGAGCAUACAAUUAUUUCUCGAUUUUUGCGUGGGCCUAACCUUGUAUUUUCGAAUGGCUCUUCCUGGAAGACUCAGCGAAAGAUUGCUAAUCCAGCAUUCCAUCGAUCCUUGCCGGUCAAGUUAUUCGGAGACAUGGCCAAAAAAAUGUUUCAAGUUAUGGACAAACAAGACAGUCUUGUGGAUAUAACAGAUCUUAUGGAACGAUGGACUUUGGACGUUAUAGGAGAAGCUGGCUUUGGAUUCCGGUUUAAUGCAGUUGAGGACCCCACUAACAAUUGGGUCCAACUCUACAAGAAUAUAAGCAACGGAGUAAAUGACCCGUUUUGGUUUUUCUUCACCAACCUGGAAACCAACUUCCUUUGGCUGUUCCCCAAAAGACAGAGAACCCAUCGUGAGCUCGAUACAUUUCUAGAAAUGCUUGAUGAUGUUAUCGUUAAAAAACGAGCAGACAUUGCAUCAAACAAUAAAAACCCCCAUUUGCAAGAAAACGAGAAAGAUCUUUUGACACUCCUGAUUGAGGCUUCAAAAGAAGGAUCUGGUAGUUUAUCUGACCAGGAACUCAUGAGCAAUUUGUGUGCCUUUUUUGUAGCCGGACAUGAUACAACAGCAAAUGCACUGUCUUUUACUAUAUACUAUCUUGCCAAGAACCCUGAUAUUCAACAGAAAGCAAGAGAAGAGGCCAUUAGUAUUCUUGGCGAAGAUCAGGAUACAAUCCCAACCAUUGAGCAAACCAAAGAGAUUGAUUACAUCAAUAUGGUAAUUAAGGAAACUCUUCGUAUGAACAGUCCUGCAGUUUCAGCUAUUACUCGUAUAUCUACAGAAGAUACCGAACUUGAUGGUGUUUUUAUUCCAAAGGGCGCAUUAGUUGUGCCAGACAUUUACGCCUUGCAUCACAAUCCCACUAUUUGGCACAAUCCUGAAGAAUUUAAUCCCGAGAGAUUCGUACCUGGAGGAGAGGCUGAAAGAUUAUCUGGCGCCGGGAUGUGCUGGAUUCCAUUUGGAAGUGGAGCUCGUCAAUGUAUCGGAAUGAACUUUAGUUUAGCCGAACAACGCGUUAUGUUAUCCUUGAUGUUGAGAAAAUACACCUGGUCACUACCAGAAGACUCAAUUCAUAAGAACAUGCUUCAGGCCACCAAGAUCGGAGUUAUGGUAGCCCAUGACCUCAAUAUUGUCUUUAAGAGAAGAUAU